CUUCCCGCAACCUUCUCGUAACCCCCAUUAUUCAGCUCUGCAAGGACUUUAAUAAAAUCUCUGUCACUGCUGCAACUCAACUGCACCGUCUAAAAGUGGGUGAUAAGAGUGAGAGGACGGUGAAGGUGAAAACACAGGAGAGAGAGAGAGAGAGAGAGAGGAGGAGGAAGAAGAAGAACUCUCUAUCAAGAAAAGGCAAAUCCCAUGAGCUGAGUUCAACUGAAUCUCCCCAACUCAAGGCCUCUGUACUUCGGAGAUAUUGCUCUCUCUCUCUCUCUCUCUCUCUCUCUCUCUCUCUCUGUCUGUGCGUGUAUCUGUGAAGAUGCCAAGGCCAGGUCCUAGGCCUUAUGAGUGCGUGAGGCGAGCUUGGCACAGUGACAGGCACCAGCCCAUGAGGGGCUCACUCAUCCAGGACAUCUUCAGGGUCGUGAAUGAGAUCCACUGCCCGGCUACUAAGAAGAACAAGGAGUGGCAGGAGAAGCUCCCCAUUGUCGUCCUCAAAGCUGAAGAAAUCCUCUACUCCAAAGCCAAUUCCGAGAGUGAGUACAUGGAUCUCAAGACGCUACUGGACAGGACUACUGAUGCGAUUAACACGAUAAUCAGACGUGAUGAGAGCACCGAAACUGGGGAUCUUCUCCAUCCUUGCAUUGAAGCUGCUCUUACGCUUGGCUGCACACCCAGAAGAGCCUCGAGGAGUCAACGGAAUUGUAGUCCUCAGCGUUACCUCAACAGCAGCUCUCAUGAGAAGACUAAUUUGCAGAAAGAGAUUCCUUCUUCAGAUCAACGUCUUUGCCCGAGCAUUUUUCAGACCAAAUUUAACCAUUACCCCAAGACAAAUCAUCUUCUUGGUUCCGAGAAGGUUGCUCUACGGAACAUUGACUUGAGUUCAGUUACUCAACCUUGGCAUCCAUCGAGCCCGUAUUCAAUUUAUCCCCUUUAUUACGGAACUGAUUUACCCGAGACCAAUACCCCACCUUGCAGUUGCCAGAUUCUUCAUGAGCAGAGCCCUGAAAACGGAAACUUUCAAAGCUCCCAUAAUAGUUCAGACGAGCUGAAUGAGGGGAGAGAGAACGGAUCUGAGAUCCACUGUGAUCUUUCUCUCCGUUUGGGCCCUAACUCAGUUCAGAUGCUCUCGAAAUCUUCUACAGAGGCAAGCAAACUCUGCAGUGAGAGAGCACGAUUAGACAGAGAGCUCUCGUUCUUCCCCCGAAUGAAGAAUUCUACCCCAAUCAAGACGAGUUUGCAGGGCGACAUUCAGAUGGUCGAUGCAGAUAUUUCCUUGAAGUGAAAGCUACUUUACGGCUCCAAGUACAUGGAAGACCAACAGCAGCGCAAUGCUUUCUUAUAGCAGUGACUGGUGAAUUAGCACGUUAGCUUCGGGUCUAUGUAGGUGAAGCCGGUUUUUCAAGUGCCAUUGCAGUUCCUUCCCUGGUUUUCCUUAGGCUUGAGUUUGCUCAACGCUGUGUCACAGCAGAGCAUAACAAAGGAUGUGAGAAAUGUACAUAGGAGUUAAGUCGAGUCGGAUUAAUGGGCGGUGAACGAGAUCGGGAUUGACAUUAACUAGGGAGAGAGUGAAUUUGCUUAGGUCUGUAGUAGUGUAAUGUACAAAGAGAAGUGAUCUAAUUGUAUUGGAAAUCUGGAACCGUCUUCCCCGUUUAGCCUGUGAAUUUCUCAUGUUUGUAUGGGAUAUCAGAGAUGUGCAUAGUGUGCGCGGCACGUAUUGACUUUGAAA